GCCUUAGGGAUUGGGCCCUACAUCUUCUGCCAGAGUGUUCUGCCCCUGCUCCACCUUCUGACCUGGUUCUCUCCCAACAGACUGUAUCUGGGAAACCCCAUGGACCCUCCUGACCUGCUGAGUGUGGAACUGAGCACCUCCCGACCCACCCAGCAUCUAGGAAGGGUGAAAAGGGAGCCUCCACCUCGCCCACCUCAGCCUGCCAUCUUCACUCAGAAGCCAACAUACGACCCUGUGAGUGAGGACCAAGACCCCUUAUCCAGCGACUUCAAGAGGCUGGGCCUGAGGAAGCCAGCCCUGCCCCGAGGGCUGUGGCUAGCAAAGCCAUCGGCCCGCGUGCCAGGCACCAAGGCAGGCCGCAGUGGUGGGGGCGAGGUCACGCUCAUCGACUUUGGGGAGGAGCCUGCGGUCCCAGCCCCACGGCCCUGUGCACCCUCCUUGGCACAGUUGGCCAUGGAUGCCUGCUCCUUGCUGGACAAGACACCUCCACAGAGCCCCACACGGGCGCUGCCACGGCCCUUACAUCCCACGCCUGUGGUAGACUGGGACGCUCGCCCGCUGCCCCCGCCCCCUGCCUACGACGAGGUGGCGCAAGAUGAGGAUGACUUUGAGGUCUGCUCUAUCAACAGCACGCUCAUGGGUGCAGGGCUCCCUGCUGGGCCCAGCCAGGGCGAGACCAACUACGCCUUUGUGCCUGAGCAGGCUCAGCUGCCCCCUGCCCUGGAGGACAACCUGUUCCUCCCGCCCCAGGGUGGCGGCAAGCCGCCCAGCUUGGCCCAGACGGCGGAGAUUUUCCAGGCGCUGCAGCAGGAGUGUAUGCUGCAGCUCCAGGUCCCUGCUGGCCCGCUCACCCCCUCCCCCGCCCCGGGCGGCGAUGACAAGCCCCAGGUGCCACCCCGGGUACCUAUCCCCCCUCGGCCCACACGCCCACGUGUGGAGCUCUCUCCAGCUCCCUCGGGUGAGGAAGAGGCGAGCCGGUGGCCUGGACCUGCCUCCCCUCCCCGAGUGCCUCCCCGGGAACCCCUGUCCCCUCAAGGUUCAAGGACCCCAAGCCCCCUGGUACCACCUGGCAGCUCUCCGUUACCACACCGGCUCUCUAGCUCACCUGGGAAGCCCAUGCCCACCACCCAGAGCUUUGCCUCAGACCCUAAGUAUGCCACGCCACAAGUGAUCCAGGCUCCUGGCCAGCGGGCUGGCCCCUGCAUCCUGCCCAUUGUCCGUGAUGGCAGGAAGGUCAGCAGUACUCACUACUACCUGCUGCCUGAGCGCCCUGCUUACCUGGAGCGCUAUCAGCGCUUCCUUCGGGAGGCCCAGAGCCCUGAAGAGCCAGCCCCCCUACCUGUGCCCCUCCUGCUGCCCCCACCCAGUACCCCAGCCCCCGCUGCCCCCACUGCUACGGUUCGACCUAUGCCUCAGGCUGCCCCGGACCCAAAGGCCAACUUCUCCACCAAUAAUAGCAACCCAGGGGCUCGGCCACCAGCCCUGAGGGCCACUGCUCGGCUGCCACAGAGGGGCUGCCCAGGGGACGGGCAAGAGGCUGCCCGCCCGGCAGACAAGGUCCAGAUGCUGCAGGCCAUGGUGCAUGGGGUGACCACAGAGGAGUGCCAGGCGGCCCUGCAGAGCCACAGCUGGAGUGUGCAGAGGGCUGCCCAGUAUCUGAAGGUGGAGCAGCUCUUUGGGCUGGGUCUUCGGCCACGGGUGGAGUGUCACAAAGUGCUGGAGAUGUUUGAUUGGAACCUGGAGCAAGCUGGCUGCCACCUUCUGGGUUCCUGUGGCCCGGCCCACCACAAGCGCUGACAGUUGUCUGGAGAGCGAUGGUCUGCCCUAAAGGAACCACUUGAACCUGUCUGUGGGACAAGGGUGGGGAGAUGCUCCGCCUCAGGCCUGGAGGACCCACUUCUGCCUGCUGCCCCCAGUGGACAGAGUGAGACCAGGGCUGCAGGAGCCUGGGAGCCCCACCUUGCCCACCUCACUUUACCCACCCAGCGCUGUUCUGCACACCUUGGCUCAGCCCUCAGUGCCCCAACCAAGAGGUGGGAAGGAGCCUUGUGAAGGCAAGACCGGCAGCUGGCUGGCAGGCCCUGUGUGUGACCUGCCUCUGGCUCCAGAUCAAGGCUGGGCUGGUGGUUAGAGUGUGCCCCAGGCUUUGCCUCGGGGGACUAGACUGAGGAAGCCCAGCUUGACUUGGGCAAGAAGGAUGUGUUGGCCACACCGAAGGGUAGGCCAGCAUCCAGCAGGCCCUCCGAAGGGCUGGGCCCUUUUCCAGGGAGCCCCUGUUAGGCAUUUGGAGUACUGGACAUAGUGUGACCUGUGGCUUCACUGUGAACUUGUGGGCCUGGCUGCUCUUAGGGUCUUGUACCCGGAAACAGCCUCAAGUGGCUCAGGAGCAGAGAAAGGGCCCACAAGGCCCCGGGAUUGGAAGAAGACCCCAGGGGCACCAGUAUUUUCCUGUUUGACCCCUGCUCUUCCUGUUGCUGUUCGAUGUGUUCCCGUCAGCCUCUGUUGCCAAAGUUGCUGCCCCCAACUAUGGAUACCUGCUUCUUCCAGAGAAAUAAAUUCCGUUUCUAUUUUAUGUUA